UGCGGAACUGACGUACCACACGUGUACCAUGGCUCGAAGCUGAGCAAAAAGCAAUAGAAUGUGUACGCUCUACAUUUAAUGUAUGAAUAAACCCUUGCCAUUUGUUAGGUCACCCUAAACUUGGGGGAAUAAUGGUCACGAAGAAGAAGAAGACGGCCAUAGAGGCGCUGGUUCUGGACAAGGAUGCUGUUCAAAAGCUCAAAGCUUCUCUGUGUUUAGAUGGCAGUGUUAGUGAUGAAGAGGUCCGGCAGAUAGCUGUGACGCUCAAGGCCUUUCUAGAAAUGACUGAGCCAGUUCAGCAGAUCCAGCUAGUGAAAAAGGCAGGAGCUCAUCUGGAGGAGCUGAGAGAAGAGAAGGUUGAUGUGUCCCUCAUUCGGCCCAGCCUCCACACUCUGGCGCUUGUCUUUGUUUCCCUUCAGGCCAAAAACCCUCUCCGCAGAGUCUGCGCCAGUGCCCUGAACUCUGUGGCAUCGUGGCUGCAGGAGGCGACCGUGGAUUGUCUCUCUGCCUGCUUGUCUGAGUGCCUUCUCACCCCGGAUUCAGACCAGCACCCUCACAUCACGGACACAAUUGCUGCCUGCCUGGACGGGUUUCCUCUUGGCGAGAGAUGCAUACAGAGACUGCUGCCUGAAGUUUUGCAUUUUCUUGAGAAGGCUUUAAGUGGAUUCAUCCAACAGAACAGUGGACUAAUAGGCCGUCACAUUGCUCAGGCACAGCUGAUGCAUUUGUGCCUGACUGCAGUGAAGACCUCCAUGCUGGUGCUGCAGAGGUCUCAGGAUGCCACCAGUGCAGCCCUACAGGCGGUGGAGGGUUCCUGCAGGCUACAGAGCUCUCUGGGCUCCCUGUUGGACCGCUAUGUCGACAUCCUUACCAACGAGGAGUUUAUCCAGACGGUUCAGAGCACAGCAGGCAUGGCGUCUGUCCUCCUGCUGAGGUCUGCCAUGGGCCCUGGAGAAGAUUUGGCCACUGUGGUGUGCAUGUUGCUCCGUGGCUCAGGCAAGGGUACAGACGCUGCCCCCUGCUGGCUGAGGCCAUGCCUUGCAGGGCUGUCUGCAGAGGGCCGCCCCCUUGGCAUCUCCCUCUACCUGUGCCAUGGGGCCCUGGCCAUGUUGAACUGGAGGCGGGCGACCCUGGGCCCCCGCUGGGAGGAGCUUCUCCUGCUGGUCCCUCACACCCUGCUGCUGCUGGACACCAGCAUUAAGGAGUCCAGUACAGCCAUGCUGGUGGCCCGAGUCCUAACCCUCUGGAGCAGCGCUGCCCUGGACUGCCUGCAGGUGGAGCGGCCUUCCCCCUCCCCGACCCUCUACCAGUCCCUCCAGGGGGGCUCAGCCCUCCACGAAGCCCUCCUCGAGCGCGUCUACUCCCACUGGGAGCACCCUCUGGACGGCGUCCGCCACCAGAGCCGUGCACUGUUCAAGGACCUCAUCGUCGCCCACCGGCACGCCAGCGCCCUGAACCUGGCCCAACCGGACCCCUACAUCACCACGCUGACCCACGGCCUGCUGGGGCUGGAGUGGCACAUGAGGGGGAAGUACGGCUCCCUGGGCUGCCUGGUGGAGCUCCUCGGGGCCCACCACCUGCUGGCCAUUCAGCCCCAGCUUCCCUCGCAGCUCCUGGGGCUGAUGGGAGACCAGAACAUGGCUCCCUACGCCAGCGACCUCCUGGAGAGGCUGUUUGUCAGCCACAAAGGCCAGCUGGCGGAGGAAGAGGAGGCGGGCGUCGGGGGUCCAGGGGGCUGGAUGGAGCUCUGGCACCAGACCUGGGUGACCCCCCUGCUGCAGGUGCUGUGCCGUGCAAGGCUGGACCAGACCACCUACAUCCUGGACUACUUCCUGCCCAAGCUGCUGCGGUGCAGUCCCUCCAGUCUGACCCACAUGGUGCAAGCCCUGCAGAGCAUGGGACCCCGCGGCGCUGGUCCUCCAGGCAGCAGGGGCGCUGUGGGGGCCCUGAUGACCUGCUUGCGGGCAGCAAGGGCACAGGGCGUGGCCCCAUCAUUGGAAGAGGGUCUAUUCGGGGGACUGGUACCACUCUCCUUGCUGCGGCAAGCCCUGGUACACAAACACGACCAGGUGAGGAUGGAUGCUCUGGGCCUGCUCUGUGAGACCCAUCGGAGAACAGAGGGGGUGAGUCCACAGGAGAUGGAGCUGUUACGUCACUUCCUCCCCCCGAACGUCAACUGCCAACCACCGGGGGUCCGACAACUGACCGUGAGCCUGCUAAAAAGGUUGCUGUGUAGGGUGAAGGACAGCAGCACGUUGCUUCAGAAGAGAAUGACCCAGGAGAGAAACCAGGAGCAGAGAGACAGAGACACGCUCACACUGGCGACCUACAAGGAGUUCCUCUGCUGGAUGUGUGAGACCCUGCUGGAGGUGCUGGUUUCAGGAGCGUCCUUCCCCUCCUGCCUGACUGCGCUCCAUCUGCUGGUCCUGCUCGGCCAGCUGUUCUCCUUCAGCACCGAACCUGAUGUCUUCGCCAUUGGCAGCAAAGUAACUUUUGCUCAUGCUCAAAAUGUGCUCUACUGUGUGGCCAGCAAUUUCCUGGAGGUCAAACAGCUUGCUUCUGUGUUGCUACGGCAACUCCCGCCGUCAACUGUGGGACUGCAGGACCCGGAGAGGCUGAGUCAUGUGCUCUGCGCUGCCCUGGAGCUCAGCACCAGCACCAAGCCCUACGACAGCGUCACCGCGGCCCACCUCCUAGACCUUCUUGUGCACCAGCCCACCCUGCCGGCGGCCUUGCUGGCCUAUGCCCAGGCACAGGGCCUCCCCUUCCAGCUGCCCCUGCAACCUGCAUCCCAGGCUUCUGAGGCCCUCAUGCUGGAGCACAACAGCCUCGCCGUGGUGCUGCUGCUGCUGCAGCGGCUGCAGCAGGAGGUGGUGUCGGCGGAGUCGUCCCUCCUGCAGGCCGCGGCCUCCCGGCCCCUCUACGGCCGCGCCCACUGCAUCACCGCUGUGCUGCAGCGCCUCCCCCUGGGGAGUCUCACCCUGACGGAGCAGUGGAGGAGUGUGGUGUCGAAGCUGAUCGCUGUGUGCUACAGGAUGUCUGAUAUCGUGUCCCCGGUCGUCCAGAGUUCGUCCCCCGAGGGACUCAUCCCCAUGGAUACGGACUCAGAUGCAUCAGCAGGGCUCCAACGUAUCCUUCAAGAGAUCCAGCCCAGGGACACCAACGACUUCUUCACCAGCGCCAGAGAGCUGGAACCACAGGCCGGGGACGACCCCGACCAGCACGACAAAACAAAGGAGACCAAAGGUGUGUGUGACGGCGGUGAGGGAUACCGGGUGACAGCCCAGAUGGUCCUGGUGUGUUGCUGGCGCAGCAUGAAGGAGGUGGCCAUGAUGCUGGGAGAGCUGUGCCAGAGCCUUCCCUUGCAAUACAACCAUGUGGAUGAGGCACACACCGGAUUGGUCACUGAGGAGCAGGUGGAGGGUGUGGGCCUCUACUUCCGCCAGCAGCUCCUGCAGUCGCGGCACCGCGGGGCCUUUGAGCUGGCCUACGUGGGCUUUGUUCGCCUCACAGAGAUGCUCUGCAGGAGUGGGAGUCAAUCCCUGCAGAAGCUUCCGUCCCGCUGGCUGCGUGAGGUGUUGCAGGAGGUCAAGUCCAGUGAUCCCUCGUCCAAACUGUGCGCGACGCGACGCAGUGCAGGAAUCCCCUUCUACAUUCAGGCGCUGCUGUCGUCGGAGCCCAAGGCGUCUAGCUGCAGCCUGCUGAGGAUGACCAUGAGGGAGCUGACCUCUCUGGCCGCCCCCUCUGCGGACCAGGACGACAAAAACUCCACCGUGUCACAGGUCCAUGCGCUGAACAUCCUGCGGGCCUUGUACCGGGACACCCGGCUGGGAGAGAACAUCAUCCCCUUCGUGUCUGAAGGCAUGCAGGCGGCUGUGCUGGGAUUCACCUCUCCAAUUUGGGCUGUAAGGAACUCCUCCACUCUGCUGUUCAGCACCUUGAUCACUAGGAUCUUCGGAGUGAAGAAAGGCAAGGACGAGCACUCAAAAAAGAACAGGAUGACCGGCCGAGAGUUCUUCACAAGGUUUCCUGCCCUCUAUCCCUUCCUGCUCAGCCAGCUCCAGGAGGCUGCAGUCACAGUUGACAGUGCCAGCGGUGUGGUGAAGCUGCACCCCAGUCUGUUCCUUCUGCUGCUGGUGCUGGGCAGGCUGUACCCCUCUCCCAUGGACGGCUCCUCCUCCCCCAUGGCCCUGGCCCCCUUCAUGCCCUUCAUUAUCAGGUGUGGCCGUUCUGCGGUGUACUGGACCCGGGAGAUGGCAGCUCGUGCCCUGGUCCCGUUCGUGCUCGUGACCCAGAUCCCUGCCACCAUCCAGACCCUCCUGCAGGAUCUCCCUUCAGAACCGAGAACCAAAAGCCAGCAGAACCACAUCCAUGGCACGCUGCUGCAGGUGCUCUUCCUGUUGCACUCUUACCAAGCAGAGGCACACCGACCGCUGCAAACAGGAAGCGGUAUCGGCCACACCCUCCGCCAGCGCAUGUGGCUGGCCUCAAGACAGAACUGCUGCGUGGUGACCAGGGGGGCCUACCUGGAUGUCCUUCAGUGUCUGUGUGGACCCUUGGCCAUCCUUCUCCCAGACUCCGAGGUCCUUGAGCUACGCAGGGAGACCCUGGCCGUGUUGGCGGCCUCUGAACUGCUGGGCCCCUGUGGACCCCCGACCGACGCCACCGCCUCCCUUCUGAGCUCUCUGGGGCCCGGCGCGGUGCAGUACCUGCUGAGCCUCACCCGUGUGGCCCUCAGCGCCAGCCUCGAGGGGCCCUGGAGACCUUUGUGGGCAGGGAACCGGCUCCUGGAGAGCGUGCUGCGGGGGCCCCUCUACGAGGUGAGGGAGCUGGUGCUGGACGGGCUCCUGGAGAAGCUUGAUGAGGAGGAGGUGGAGGAGCAGCAGCAGGAGGAGGAGGAGGAGUUGGCGCAGGAGAGACGCAGCUGGUUGGACAAGUCUACUCUGUUCACCCUGAGCAGCUUGGCUCUGAAUGAGACCCACCACCAGUGUCUGGCCAAGAGUCUACGGGUCUUGUGCAGGCUCAGCUCCCAUGGUGAGGAGAUCCCCUGGAGGGAUGGAGACCAGCAGCUGUCUCAUAUCCACGUUCUGUCUCGCCUACUGUCCCUGGUCCAAAGUUCGGCUCAUAGUGUGGAGCUGCUCUGCGAUGCCCUGACGCUGGCCUCACGACUGCUGGUUCAACUGGUGACCUCUGACCCCCAGACCUUGUGCGCUAGUGACCUCCCGACCCUUUGGGGGAGGCUGGUGUGUGGAUGCUGUGGCGACGACCAUCCAGCAGAGGUGAAGCUGGCGGUCGCUGAAGUGCUGGUGAACUCCACCACGCCCCUGUUGGCCAGCCCCACCCUGCCUCUGGGCCUCUCUACCACGCUGUCUUUGUGGCGGAGCCUCCUGACACUGCUACAGGAUGAGGAUCAGGAAGUGCGCGACUCUGCUUCGGACUUCAUUUCCCAUGUUGCACCACACCUACUCCAUUCAGAUGUGGCCGGCGUGAGCGUGUCCCCCUCGGUGGCGCUGGACCAGGGCGUGGGGGCGCUGUGUGCUCUGCUGGUGGUGUGGGGACAGGAGCGGGCCGGCCUGCUGACCCUGGCAGAGUGGCUGCUGGGAGAUGAGGAGCGCACUCGGGAAACCGCCAGUGAAAUUCCUUCAAGUCUGGAUGAGGAGGACGAGUUCCUCUUCGAGAAGGGUGAGCUGAACUUGUGGGCGGAGCCUGUGCAGUGGGCCAGGCUGCUUCACAGACACCUGAUCGCCCUGACCGCCACCCUAGGCACAGAGUCCCGCGGGCCAGGCAAGGAUCGGCUCCGCACUCUGCGGAUACAGGUGCAGGCCCUCACCCUGGAUGCCGAGCAGGCUCUGGAAGCCCUGCCGGGCCCACUGCCCCAGUUCUCGUGCGCGGUGGAGCACGCACGGCUGGUGCUGCGGCAGGCGAGGGCCACGCUGGCCCUGGACGUGCUGGAGAGGCUGAUGUAGCAGAAGAGAGGAAGCCUCAUGAAGGAGGCCAGCCGGGUUGUAGCCUAAAAACAGGAAGUUAUGUUUGUGGCCUAUCAGGAGCAUGUAGCGACACUUAUACUUUACAGACUCCAAAUUGAAAUAAAAAAAGCCAGCAAGAUUGUUGGUCAAUAUUGAACCUCCGCUUUCAUUUGGAUUAUUUUGUACUUCUGAUUUUUCAUACCGGAAAUGUACUGUUAUCCGCAUGUUAUGUUGUGUACUUGUCUCUUUUUACAUAAUAAAAACUUUCUGAAGUUGAUUGUCUGGCUAAGACGCAACAAAAA